CACGUUAAAAGCAUUCACAUGUCGCGUCACGCCAACCUAACCCGCACCGUGCAACGUGCUGGUGUGCCCGUUGCAAAUAAGCGCCAAUUCGAUCAGCCCCUUAUUAGCGAAAGUCAGCAAACAAACCCACACCUGCAGCAUCACGCUGAUGCGUGCCGCUUCCGCCGAAUUUAAAACCCCUCCUUGCUCCAUCCAAUCGCUCCUUGUUUUGCCUGUUUUUGUUGAGGCGGUCAGCGUUCCGUGGCCGCGCCAGCCUUCCGAGACCCUCCACCAAACCAGGCUCCAAGAACGCAACAACAAGAGCACAGCACGCAGAAAGAAUCAACCGGCCGCGCACCCGCACCGCACCACCAAAAAGAGCAUCGUGAUUCGUGAUGUCCGCCGUCGCUCCAUCGACGCAGCUCCGGUAACAGCGGUAGGAACGCGCGUGCAGCAUGGCGGCGCUGUGGCUUAGGCUGCUGCUCGCCGUGGGGCUCCCCAUCGCGGCGCUGGUCGCGGUCGUGUUUCUGGUGUACCGUCGCAGGAGCCUGCCCCGUAACGCGCCACCGGAGCUGCCGGAAGUUUCCCCUACGGCCGGUGCGAAGCCGCCGACGGCGAGCCCCGGGCUGGCGAAGCUCAACAUGAGGUACAACGCCGCCAGCGGCCGCGUGGGGCUCCGGUUCCAGCAGUUGCACCAGCACCAGCACCACGCCGUGAGGCACCGUGGCUCGGGCGGCGGCGCCCAGCAGGGCCCGUUCCAGUGGGCCGACCACCCGCGGCUGGUGACGGAGGCGGCGGAGAACGGGUGGGCGCAGUUCGUGUUCGCGGUCGCGCCGCCGCGGUCCAAGUCCGCGUCGUUGUCGCCGCUGUGGGGGACGUGCCCGCUCUGCGACGCCGGGACGAGCCGCGACAUGGCGGAGGCGGCCGCGUGGGAGCUCCCCGCGGGGUCAUCCGAGAGGAUGCAGGCGGUGCGGCUCAACCCGGCUGCCGCCGCCGCCGCGUCCGGCAGGAAGUGGCUCCCCGGAAGCAUCCCGAGCCCGCUCCGCGGCGACACGGACGGCGCGGGGGCGGGGAACCCCAGCGCGCUGUGCAUCGCCAGGAUGAGCCUGCCGCUGCCGGGCCCGCCCCUCGCCGGCGCGCCGUUCCCGCAGGACGCCUACUUCGAGAUCACCAUCAUCUACCUGAACACGAAACGGCCGGAGUGGUCAGCGUCCAGGGCGAGCAGGCGUGGGCGGGACGGCUCCAGCGAGAGCGACCGCGUCAAGCUCAUCAGUUUUGCACCGGACGCCAAGAACCCGGCCCAAGAAAACAGAGCCGCCGCCAAGGACGGUGAACAAGACAAACGGAGGCAUCUGGUCAUGUCGCUCGGCCUCGCCACCGCGUCCACCGCUCCACAACGGCCGUCGCUGGCCGGAACGUACGCGUCGUCCAUCGGCUUCCACUCCGACGGCGCGGUCUACCUCGACGGGAUGAAGCUGGUGUACGAAUCGGACAAGUCGUCGUGGGCGGGCGUGGACAAGGUGGUGGGGUGCGGCUUCGAGCCGGCGAAGCGGAAGGUGUUCUUCACGGUGGACGGGGAGCUGGUCCACGCCGUGAGCUGCAACGCGGAGGCGUUCUCGAGCCCGCUGUACCCGGUGCUGGCGUCCAGCUUCGACGUGAUGGCGCUGGUCAACCUCGGGCAGGGCAAGUUCCGGUACGCGCCGGCCAACGCGCGGCGCACGGCCAACCCGUGCUUCGUGCGCGCCGCGUCGGCGGUGGACGACGCCCGCGGCGGGUCGAUGGGCCUCGACUUCGACGACAGCGGCGAGCUCUUCUCCGUGGGGCGGGUGGACUCCGGGUGGCUGGAGACGGCGAAGGUGAGCAGGAGCAGGAAGGAGAGCAUCGGCGGCUCCGGCUCCGCGUUCGUCGUCGGCGACCCGGAGGCCGAGUCCGACCUGUUCGAGAUCCCGCUGCGAGACUGAUGAUGAACGGUGAUGGCCGGAGACCGACAGGUGGCCCAUUUGUCAAACAGGAAUUAGUUGUAGUUAAUGACGAAUGGUCACGGCGAUACUGACACAUGCUUAGGAGUUAGGACACGCAGGUUGAUUUGGCUCUUGUUGUUGCUGCUGUUGAUGUAUCAUCGUCUAGCUGUUGUUAUCUAGGUAGGUUAAAAGGAUGAAAAGCUUGUCUCAUGUAAUGAGCUUGUGAUUCGUUGUUUUCUUCUUUUAUUCCCUGGUGUGUGUCUUUUUAUCUUAUAUAUGCUUUAGUUUGUACAGAUGGUGGAGGUAGAUUCUGCAACUAGAAUUUCGAAUAAAGAGGAGAAAAGAAGUGCCUAGAAAACCCCACAAUUUGAAAAGAUGAAUCUUCCUGUGAUUCACAUUUGCAUAUA